AUGGAGAUAUAUGAGGAGGAUACCAAAGCUCACUAUAAGAUUAGAAAUGAGCGGAGGAACAAGGGUCAACAAGGUCGUCCGAAACCCUACAGUGCUCCUGGCCACAAGAGUAAUGUUUGCAAUGGUGAGGAGAAGAAGUGCUUCCGAUGUGGGAAGAAAGGGCAUACAAUAGCUGAAUGCAAGCGUGGUGAUAUUGUUUGUUUCAAUUGUGAUGAGGAAGGUCAUCUUAGUUCGCAGUGCAAGAAGCCUAAGAAGGGUCAGGCGAGUGGAAGAGUGUUUGCUUUAGCUGGCUCCAUCACUGGAGCGGUAGUACUAGUUGGGCUUGGUUGGGUAGCCCCUGGCGGUACUGGUGGAUUGGUCGUUGUUCCUGAUGCAGUAGCGGCGUUCGAUGCCGCUGCGCCUGGAACGGGAGGAGGUCGCGUCAUUUCAGGAAGUUGUUUCUUAUUCCUCAAACGCAUGCACAAUGCAGACCAACAGUUUUAA